CAGCCUGGCGUCCUGUCCCGCGUGUGCAUUGGGCCCGCCUUGAGCCUGCUGCCAUGAAGCCAGCGCGAGCUAAAACACCCCGGAAACCUCUAGUGAAAAAAGGAUCCCAAACUAACCUGAAAGACCCAGUUGGGGUGUACUGUAGGGUGCGUCCACUGAGCUUUCCGGAUCAUGAGUGCUGCAUAGAAGUAAUCAACACCACCACCGUGCAGCUUCAUACCCCUGAAGGCUACAGACUCAUCAGAAGUGGAGACUACAAGGAGACUCAGUACUCAUUUAAGCAGGUAUUUGGCACUCAUACCACCCAGAAGGAGCUUUUCGAUGCCGUGGCAAGUCCCUUGGUGGAUGACCUCAUUCAUGGCAAGAAUGGUCUGCUUUUCACCUAUGGUGUGACAGGAAGUGGAAAAACUCAUACCAUGAUUGGCUCUCCAGGGGAAGGAGGGCUGCUUCCUCGCUGUUUGAACAUGAUCUUCAACAGCAUUGGGUCAUUCCAAGCUAAACGAUAUGUUUUCAAGUCUAAUGACAGGAACAGUAUGGACAUACAGUGUGAGGUGGAUGCCUUGCUAGAGCGGCAGAAAAGGGAAGCCGCUCCUAUUCCCAAGACUCCCUCUAGCAAACGACAAGUGGAUCCAGAGUUUGCUGAUAUGAUAAAUGUACAAGAAUUCUGUAAAGCCGAAGAAGUUGAUGAAGACAGUGUCUAUGGUGCCUUUGUCUCUUACUUUGAGAUUUACAAUAAUUACAUAUAUGAUCUACUGGAAGAGGUGCCAUUUGAUCCUAUAAAGCCCAAGUGGAACAGUUGCAGCACCCCUGCGAAGAACACAGAUUUUGUACUUCCACAAUCUAAAAUGCUUCGAGAAGACAAGAACCAUAACAUGUACGUUGCAGGAUGUACAGAAGUAGAAGUGAAGUCCACGGAGGAGGCUUUUGAAGUUUUCUGGAGAGGGCAGAAAAAGAGACGUAUUGCUAACACCCACUUGAACCGGGAGUCCAGCCGUUCUCACAGUGUGUUCAACAUCAAACUUGUCCAGGCCCCCUUGGAUGCCGAUGGAGACAAUGUCUUACAGGAGAAAGAACAAAUCACUAUAAGCCAGUUAUCCCUGGUUGAUCUUGCUGGAAGUGAAAGAACUAACCGGACCAAAGCAGAAGGGAACAGAUUACGAGAAGCAGGUAACAUAAACCAGUCACUGAUGACACUAAGAACAUGUAUAGAAGUCCUGAGGGAGAACCAGAUGUAUGGGACUAACAAGAUGGUUCCAUAUCGAGAUUCAAAGUUAACCCAUCUGUUCAAGAACUACUUUGAUGGGGAAGGAAAAGUGCGAAUGAUUGUGUGUGUGAACCCAAAGGCUGAAGAUUAUGAAGAAAGCUUGCAAGUUAUGAGAUUUGCAGAAGUAACACAAGAAGUUGAAGUAGCGAGGCCGGUAGAGAAGGUGAUCUGCGGCUUAACGCCUGGGAGGCGAUACAGAAAUCAGGCUCGAGGAGGCCCGAUUGGAGACGAGCUAUUGGUUGCCGACGUGGUUUUACAGAGCUUUCCACCUUUGCCAUCGUGUGAGAUUUUGGAUAUCAAUGAUGAGCAGACCCUCCCAAGGCUCAUUGAAGCCUUAGAAAAGCGGCAUGACCUUCGACAGAUGAUGAUUGACGAGUUUAACAAGCAGUCUAAUACUUUUAAAGCUUUGUUACAAGAAUUUGACAAUGCUGUUGCAAAUAAAGAAAACUAUAUCCAAGGAAAACUAAAUGAAAAAGAAAAGCUGAUCUCAGGACAGAAAAUUGAAAUAGAACGGCUGGAAAAGAAAAACAAAACUUUAGAAUAUAAGAUUGAGAUUCUGGAGAAAACAACCACAAUCUAUGAAGAAGACAAGCGCAAUCUACAGCAGGAACUGGAAACCCAGAAUCAGAAACUCCAGCGGCACUUCUCAGACAAGCGCAGAUUGGAAGCUCGUUUGCAAGGCAUGGUGACAGAAACAUCAAUGAAGUGGCAGAAGGAGUGUGAGCGUCGGGUGGCAGCCACCCAGUUGGAGAUGCAGAAUAAACUCUGGGUCAAAGAUGAGAAACUGAAACAGCUAAAAGCGAUCGUGACUGAACCCAAAACGGAAAAGCCAGAGAGACCUUCCCGGGAGCGGGACAGAGAAAAAGUUACCCAAAGAUCAGUAUCUCCAGCACCUGUGCCACUUUCUAGUAACUAUAUUGCUCAGAUUCCCAACGGCCAGCAGCUCAUGAGCCAGCCACAGCUACAUAGGCGCUCUAACUCUUGCAGCAGCAUUUCCGUAGCUUCCUGCAUUUCGGAAUGGGAGCAGAAAGUUCCUUCAUACAACACUCCUGGCAAUGUGACAUCUAUUGCAAGGCGUAGGCAGCAGGAGCCAGGACAAAGUAAAAGUUGUAUCGUGUCAGACAGAAGGCGAGGGAUGUGCUGGACUGAAGGCAGGGAGGUGGUUCCUACCCUCAGAGAUGAGCUAGACGUAGAAGAGGACCACUGCUGCAGGACCGCACCACCAAUCCGUGUCCGACACAGACGAUCCCGCUCUGCAGGGGACAGAUGGGUAGAUCAUAAGCCUGCCUCUAACGUGCAGACUGAGACAGUCAUGCAGCCACAUGUCCCUCACGCCAUCACAGUGUCUGUUGCCAAUGAAAAGGCGCUGGCUAAGUGUGAGAAGUACAUGCUUACCCACCAGGAACUAGCCUCCGAUGGGGAGAUUGAGACUAAGCUAAUUAAGGGUGACGUUUUUAAAACAAGAGGUGGUGGACAAUCAGUGCAGUUUACUGAUAUUGAGACUUUAAAACAAGAAUUACCAAAUGGUAGUCGAAAACGAAGAUCGGCCACAGUAGCACCUGCUCAACCAGAUGGUACAGAGUCUGAAUGGACCGAUGUAGAAACAAGGUGCUCUGUGGCUGUGGAGAUGAGAGCAGGGUCGCAGUUGGGACCCGGAUACCAGCACCAUGCACAGCCCAAGCGCAAGAAGCCAUGACCUGACAGUCCCUGUAGCAACAGAGCAGUUUUGUUGGCAUUGGUGAUUUCUACAAAGCCACAGCAGAAGUGUCAUCUUGUACAUCACCCACCUUGUGCAACAUGACAGACCUCAGCCAGGUCACACACUGGCCUAGAACAAAGCUUCCUCCACAGCUCCAAAGAUACCUAGGAUUCAACCUUUGUGUAUUAUAUGCGUUGCCGUAUUUAAUAUUAUCCCAGAGGAAGUCACUCCUCCUUUUUUGCUCUCUGAACGUUUUUUAUAACAUUGAUUUUUUGUAUAUUUCUUGUAUACUUAUAAACUAACUCAACCAAGUGUCUGUCUUGGGUAAUUAAGGAAGAAUAUACCUAGCUCACUUUUUUUUUUUUAUUGUGACUUUUCCAGGUUUGGUUUUAUAAACAAAACAAAUGCAGCUAUUGAUUAGCUGAAGAAUGCACUUUACACACAUAUUUUCACAAUGUAAAGUUUCAAAAUAAAGAGGUCAGUGACCAAUGAUAAAAUGUUUUAGAAGGUGUUUUUUAGAAAUUUGUAUGUAUAUAUUCACUAAUGACAUUUAGCUGCGCC